AUGACAGGUGUGACGUGCAUCAGGGAGGACAGCUCCUGCAACACCGGCAUGCUGUCCAGCAAGAUGGCAAAGGAACAUUUGGGUCAGAGAAGAGAGGAGGAGAGGGUCCCGGCAUGGGACAGGACUGACCAGUUUAGAAGCCAAGAUUCAGUGCCGGUGAAGAAACACCACCACAAGCACAGCAUCAAACACCGGUAUCAGCUUAUGGAGACUUUGGGAAAAGGCACCUACGGCAAGGUCAAGAAGGCCAUAGACAAGAGUACAGGGAUGCUGGUCGCUGUGAAGUCCAUCCAGAAAGACAAGAUCACAGAUGAACUAGACAGAGUGCACCUUCAGCGGGAGAUAGAGAUCACAGCGCUGCUGAAACAUGAGCACAUUAUUCAGGUCUUCGAAGUAUUCGAGAGCUCAGAGAAAAUUAUCAUUGUCAUGGAGUACGCCAGCAACGGGGAGCUCUAUGAUUUCAUUAACAACAAGCACCAGAUCCCAGAGAGCGAAGCCCGCAGAUUCUUCCGCCAAAUCGUGUCCGCCGUACACUACUGCCAUAAGAAUGGAAUCGUUCACAGGGAUAUAAAGUUGGAGAAUAUUCUUCUUGAUGAAAACCUGAACGUAAAGCUUGCAGAUUUUGGACUAUCAAACCUCUAUUAUAAGAAACAGGUCUUGGAAACAUACUGUGGGAGCCCUCUCUACGCCUCUCCGGAAAUAGUCAAGGGUCUUCCCUACCACGGCCCAGAGGUUGAUUGUUGGGCUCUGGGAGUACUUCUCUAUGCUCUGAUCUAUGGAAGUAUGCCAUUCGAUAACAGCAAUUAUAAAUUAUUAGCAGAUCAGAUUGGCAGCGGCCAGUACAGGCAGCCUCCUCAUCUCUCUGGAGCCUGCGGACUGAUUGACUGGUUGCUGACAGUGAAUCCAGCCAGAAGAGCGACCAUUGAAGACAUUGCCAAUCACUGGUGGGUUAAUUGGGGGUACGACACGGCGGUAUGUGACUGUCAUCUAGUCCCGGAAUGUCAAUCUCCCCUGCUAGCGCGCUACAUUGAAUGUCAGAACACACCCGGUUUCAAAGGGACCGAAACCGAACAGAGCGGAGUCCAUCUCAGGGAAGAGGAAGAGUAUGAAGGCUGCCUAAGAAAGUCCAAAAAAGAAAAUGACAUCAAUCAGUCCCAACAAGAACUCGAAGUUAACGCUUUCAGGAAGAAACCAAAAGGGAUCUUGAAGAAAAGGAGCAGUUUUGACAGCUCGUUAUUAAACUCCUCAAAUUUCUCUGAAAACGUGUCUCCGAAUUGCAUGGAGCUCAGCCAAGAAGCAAAAACCACGUCUGCCUACGAGUCUCACAUAUCAACGGAUGUCGAAUGCACUUUCAACAAGCCGAAGAAAGGAAUACUAAAAAAGACAUACGAGAGGGAAUCGGGAUAUUCAUCUUCCCCGGAGAGGAUAACGACCUCAGAAUGCCAGAAGGCCUACCUUAAAUCAGUAGAAGAAAAAGGAAGGUCAGAUAGAUACAGGAGGAAAAAAGGCAUUCUUAAAAAGAACGGACGGUUUUCAACCAGUUUGGAUCUACCAGCAGACUGCUCGUCCCUCCGGCUCUCAGACUCCAUGGAAGACUUAAUCUUCCCCAGUGCAGAUGCACCAAAGAGUCCCAGCCGGCCAUCCAGUGUGAUCAGCGAUGACAGCUUUCUCUCCAGCGAUUCUUUUGACAUUCUCGAUAUGACUUUUGAAACAAAGUCCCAACUCUUCUCCUAUAGUCCACACACCAGUUUUUACAGUUCUGAGGAAGAUGACACCUUAUCGGGCAAGCUUAGGGAGACACUUUGCAAUCGAAAUCAUAAAUGAUAGGUUUUCGAAGAGUAAGUUAUUGUGACCUGAAGAAAGCAGCCAUAUUUAGGCUGAUUCAACCACUUGUGAUCAAA